AUGGAAACCCAAGCGCGCCCAUCGCGCUACAUGGCCCAUGUUCUCGAAGAGCUGGGCUUGGCCACCAUGUGGCGAUCGUCGCUCGAUGUGAAGCUUCUCUGCGCGCAGCGGUUCGUUCGACUCUUCGCGUACGGCGGCUCGACCUUGAUUCUUGCAUCUUAUUUGUCGGCGAUUGGAAUUUCAGAUGACCGCAUUGGCCUGUUCAUGACACUCACGUUGGUCGGAGAUGUGGUUAUCAGCUUCUUCUUGACUCUCUUUGCUGAUUCUAUGGGCCGCAAGGCGGUAUUGUCCCUCGGGUCGAUCUUGAUGGCCGGUAGUGGAGUCGCUUUCGCACUGUUUGGAAAUUAUUGGAUUCUGCUGGCAGCUGCGGUCUUUGGAGUUAUCAGUCCUAGUGGAAAUGAAAUCGGACCAUUCCGUGCCGUGGAAGAAUCCACUCUAGCUCAUCUUACACCGCAUGAGCGUCUGAGUGAUGUCUUUGCUUGGUAUUCAUUGAUUGGAACUGCAGGCUCGGCUAUGGGGAUGCUUGUUUGUGGUUGGAUCAUCAACUCUCUCGAAUCCAUUCAUGGAUGGGCGUUUAUCCCCGCUUGUCGGGUCAUUUUCUUUGUCUAUGCCGGUGUUGGUAUCGUCAAGUUGAUUUUCACUCUGGGGUUGAGCAGCAAAGUUGAGGUACAGAAAGAAGAGCCACAAGAGCAAAGCUCUGAAACCAGACCUCUGCUCGCACAAUCGGCCGAAGACGACGCUCCGAAGAAGAAAGGCUUGUUUCCAUCCAUCGAGAAGGAUUUGUGGUCAUUGGUCAUUCGUCUAUUCAUUCUCUUUGGAUUGGACUCAUUUGCAUCCGGAUUGGCUUCAUUGUCCUGGAUGACCUACUUUUUCAAGGGCAAGUUCGAUCUGCCCGAGGGUCAACUCGGCACCAUUUUCUUCACGACGAACAUCAUUGCUGCAGCAUCUAUGCUAGUCGCCUCAUCUCUCGCCAAGCGUAUCGGCAACGUCAAAACUAUGGUGUUCACGCAUUUACCAUCGGCCAUCUGUCUUUCUCUCAUUUCUGUUCCAUCCAGUCUGCCUCUCGCACUGACUUUCUUGGUUCUGCGAGCUUGCUCUCAAAACAUGGAUGUGGCGCCUCGCUCCGCAUUCCUUGCUGCGGCUCUACCGGCAGACAAACGCACUGCUAUCAUGGGCGCGGUUAAUGUUGUGAAGACUACCACACAAAGUAUGGGUCCCCUAUUGACAGGUAUCUUGUCGCGUAAUGGUCAUUUUGGCGUCUCCUUCAUUAUUGCAGGAUGCUUGAAAGUGAUCUAUGAUCUUGGCAUGUUGUUCAGCUUCGCUGGGAAAGAGGCUGCCCGUCGCAAACAGACCGCUCAAGAAAAUGAGGAGGAAACGAGCUAA